UCACCAUUUCAAAGGUUUUCCUAGGGUUUUACCCCUCACUGGCUUGAAUUGGGGAAAGAAAAGAGAAAGAAAAAAAUCAGUCAAAUUCUUGAGAAAUCGAAAUGGCUAAGAUGUGGAGAGUGGGUUCCCUGAACAACGCUGUUAGAACUAUUCGAUAUCUCCAGGAUUCCUCCUUCUCAACUGCCGUUAUCCGCCAGCAUUCUUCUCCAGCUCUUCCUUUCGCCACCACCGUCCGCCAUCUUCGUACCGGCCGCGAUCCUAGCUUCAGGUACGAGGCUUCACCUCCAGUCAAUUGGGGCAUUCGCAUCGUACCGGAGAAGAAAGCCUACGUGAUAGAAAGAUUCGGGAAAUACUUGAAAACGCUGCCGUCUGGAAUACAUUUCCUUAUCCCAUUGGUAGAUCGAAUUGCUUACGUUCAUUCCCUCAAGGAAGAAGCCAUUCCUAUUCCGGACCAAUCCGCUAUUACCAAGGACAAUGUCAGCAUUCUCAUCGACGGUGUUCUUUAUGUCAAGAUUGUGGACCCACAACUUGCCUCUUAUGGCGUUGAGAACCCAAUCUAUGCCGUCAUUCAGCUUGCUCAAACUACCAUGCGUAGCGAGCUUGGCAAAAUUACCCUCGACAAGACCUUCGAAGAGAGGGAUACUCUCAACGAGAAGAUUGUGGAGGCCAUCAAUGUGGCUGCAAAAGACUGGGGCCUGCAAUGUCUUCGUUAUGAGAUAAGGGAUAUAUCUCCUCCUCGUGGUGUGAGGGCAGCUAUGGAGAUGCAAGCAGAAGCAGAGCGUAAAAAGAGAGCACAAAUUCUUGAAUCUGAAGGAGAGCGGCAGUCCAAUAUAAAUAUUGCUGAUGGUAGGAAAAGUGCUGUGAUUUUAGCAUCUGAAGCUGCAAGAAUGGAUCAAGUUAACCGAGCACAAGGUGAAGCGGAAGCCAUCCUUGCUAGAGCACAAGCUACAGCUAAAGGAAUUGCCUUGGUGUCUCAGUCACUGAAGGAAAAUGGGGGAGUGGAGGCAGCAAGUUUAAGGAUUGCGGAGCAGUACAUUCAAGCCUUCAGUAAUAUUGCAAAGGAGGGUACAACAAUGUUACUUCCUAGUUCUGCUGCAAACCCUGCCAACAUGAUCGCCCAAACUCUCACCAUGUACAAAAGCCUGGUCCGUGAUGUUCCUACUGGUGGUUCUCAUGUAAACAGUUCCCCUGAGCUAUCCGAAAACAAAAAACAUGCUCCUUCUGGAGACACUGAAGGCGAAAUCCUGAACCCCAGAGCUGUAGAAGCAAGGGACUCGAGUCAACCGGGCUUUUCACUUCAGAGCUCCAAGAAGGAAUAGAAAUGGUACUACUCCCUUUGCCUGAAAACCAGACUCCUUUGGUGAUUAUUAAAAUGUUGUGAAAAUUCCCAAAAAGAAAGGCAAGGGUUUAGGGGAUAUUUAGAGUUUGAUUAAAAGGAUGUUGAUUCAUUUGGUAAGAGAGUAGAACUGCCAUGUAGUACUGGCCGGAUGUCUUUUACAGCCUCGAGAAUCCAACAAAUUUUCAGGAAAGAAACACCUUUGUUGCCGCUGAAAAACACUUGAUCUGUAAGUCUAA